AUGCCGCCAUUUGGAUUUGACAGGGGCUCGGUCAACGUCGUCCCCGUCCUCGGCUCCGUGACUGAUCUCGACACCGCAUCUAGUAGUGGAGCCGCACAUGUCGGAGGAGUUCCGCCCUACAAGAAGAUUCAAAACCUCCGAAAAUUUAUCCUAGAUUUCAGGCUGGGUGAAUGUUUCAUUUACAGAGAUCGGUUGCGUACCAAUUUAUUAGCUAAGGUUUAUGCGCUCGAAGUCGAAAUGCAGCAUCUGAUCGUCUACGAUGAAGAACUGGCCCAUUCGAUCUCGAACAUGCCAGGAGAAGUUCUACCGUUGUUCGAGAUUGCGGUCAGAAAAGUAGCAGAAGCGCUGGUCUCGCCGAUGGCCAAAUCAGGAGAUUUGUAUGACGACGAGGAUCCUGAGAUCGAAUUGGCCGCUCAAGGCAUCCAUGAUCUUCCUGAUUUUCAAGUCACUCUCAGAAGUGAAGCUCGAUUGAUGCAAUUCAGAGAUCUAUUGGCUCCAAACAUUUCCAAACUUGUUCGGAUGCCCGGAAUCGUAAUUUCCGCCUCAACUUUGUCUUCUCGAGCGACGAUGCUACAUUUGGCAUGCAAAUCAUGCCGACACGUACGCCGGAUCGCCGUCCAAGGAGGCUUCACCGGCUUCACCCUACCGCGGGUGUGUACAGCGACGCCGAUCCAGGGGGAAAAGAAAGAAUGUCCUAUGGACCCCUACACUAUCAUCCACGAGAAGUCUCGCUUCGUCGACCAACAGUCUGUCAAGCUCCAAGAAGCACCUGACAUGGUCCCCGUCGGUGAGCUCCCCCGUCAUAUCCUGCUCUCCCUUGACCGAUACCUCACCGGCAAGGUUGUCCCUGGCUCCCGGAUCAUCGCCACUGGGAUCUACUCGACCUUCAACGGAUCGGGGAAGAACCAAGGCGCAAUCGCCCUGAGACAACCCUAUCUGAGGGUCGUCGGGCUCGAGCUCGAUGGAGACGGUCAUGGGACUAAUGGCGGGCACCAUCAGUUUAGUGCGGAGGAAGAGGACGAGUUCAACAGGAUGGCCAAUUCGCCAGGGUUUUACCAGAGAUUUGCCGAGUCGAUCGCCCCUUCGAUCUAUGGUAACGAAGAUAUCAAGAAGGCGGUCGUCUGUCUCUUGAUGGGCGGGUCGAAGAAGAUCCUACCGGACGGGAUGAGAUUGCGAGGGGAUAUCAACGUCUUACUACUCGGAGACCCGGGAACGGCGAAGUCCCAGCUGUUGAAGUUUGUCGAGAAAGUCUCCCCAAUCUCAGUUUACACCUCCGGGAAGGGUUCCUCGGCCGCCGGACUGACGGCCUCGGUUCAACGAGACCCUCAGUCGCGCGAGUUCUAUCUCGAGGGGGGCGCCAUGGUCCUCGCCGAUGGCGGCGUGGUCUGUAUCGACGAGUUUGACAAGAUGAGAGACGAGGACCGGGUGGCAAUCCACGAGGCUAUGGAGCAACAGACCAUUUCCAUCGCCAAGGCCGGCAUCACCACCAUCCUCAACUCCAGAACUAGCGUCCUCGCCGCUGCCAACCCGGUCUUUGGGCGGUAUGACGAUAUGAAAAGCCCCGGAGAAAACAUUGACUUUCAAACAACGAUUCUAUCAAGAUUUGAUAUGAUUUUCAUCGUUAAAGAUGAGCAUGACGAGUUGCGAGACAGGACUAUCGCGCGGCACGUCAUGGAUUUACAUAUGAAUCGGCCUGUAGAAGCACAGCAGACCGGAGAGAUCGAUUUACAGAAGAUGAAACGAUUUAUAACAUACGCCCGAACUCGUUGCUCCCCCCGACUCUCGACUGAGGCGGCUGAGGAACUCAGCUCGCAUUUUGUUUCGUUGAGGAAACAGGUCCAACAAGUCGAGCGAGACAACAACGAGCGGUCUUCGAUCCCGAUCACGAUCAGGCAGUUAGAGGCGAUCAUCCGGAUCUCCGAGUCGAUCGCCAAGCUGAGUCUGUCGCGUCGGGUAGAAGUGUACCAUGUAGAAGAGUCGAUCCGCCUUUUCAAGUAUUCGACAAUGGAUGCCGUCCAGGCGGGAAACAUCGAGGGGAUCACCAAGGGAGAGUUACAGGAGGAGAUCGCCAAGGUCGAGACCGACAUCCGACGGCGGCUGCCCAUCGGUUGGAGUACCUCCUAUAGCUCGCUCCUCAACGAGUUCGUCAACCAGCAAGGAUACAGCGCUCAUGCCUUGGAACGGUGCUUGUAUAUCCUCGAGAGGAGAGAGGUCAUCAGGUUCACCGGCCAGAAACGCACCGUCCAAAGGAUCGGAGCUUAG